CUGGCGCCUUUGGUGAAAUUAUAAACAAUAGAAGUUGUUGGGUCAACCUAUGUUGCAUUUCUAUCAUGUCAUCCAUUGACAAGUUGUCUAUCCAGGGAGUUCGCAGUUUCGGGUCCAAUGCAGAGGAUCUCCAAAGCAUUAAGUUUUCAUCACCGGUGACUCUGAUUCUGGGUGAGAAUGGUUGCGGCAAGACAACUAUAAUAGAGUGCCUAAAGUACGCUCUAACCGGUGAAUGUCCGCCGGGAAGCGACCGUGGUAAAAGUUUUGUCCACGACCCCAAGAUUUUCGGACUAAAUGAAUCCCUGGCUCAGAUUAAGAUGCAAGUGCGUGACAAACGGGGCGCCCAGGUGUCCAUUUGCCGCACUAUGAAGGUGUCCAACAAGCGCAACAAGGUGUCAUUCGAGACAAUGGACUCUACCAUCAACUUCUUGACCGGAUCCGGCCAAUCAAAGCGCGAGAAUCCAGACUCUCUGAGCGGUCGUACAGUGGACAUCGAUUUGGCAAUCUCGGACUUCAUGGGUGUAUCGAAGGCUAUCAUUAACAAUGUCCUAUUUUGCCAUCAAGAGGACUCAAGUUGGCCGCUUGACGAGGCAAAGAAGUUGAAGGAGAAGUUCGAUGCUAUAUUUGGUAUCACCGAGUACAAUAAAGCUUUGGAUAAAAUCAUAAAACUCCGCAAGGAAGCAGUGGAGGAGCUUAAAGUAAUGGAUGCCAACAUGAAGCAUGUAGCCUAUCUCAAAGAUGAAAUGGAGGUGAAAACUUUAAGCUUGCAGAAAGCCCAACAAAAAUGCGACGCCAUUAAGGAUCAGUGCAACGAAUGUGAGGUGGAAAUGAAACCGAUUGAGGCAAGGUUGUCGGAAAUCCGGAACGUAGAGUUUGAAAUUGGAAAGUAUCAGGCUCAGAAGGUGGAAAUGGACACGAAACACAAAAACUGCAAGGAACAGAUCUCCAUCCUAACUCGGAAGAUAAAGAGUCCCUUUGAAGGUUCUCUGGUAGAUUUGGAACUAGAGAUUAAAAACUUUGACCUACGCAUGUCAGAGAUGCGUCAACAUCGCACAGAAACGGAGUAUAACUUAUCUCAGUUAAAAAAACUUAGUGCAACUGAACAAGAAAAGUUGGGCACGCAGGAGAAAAAGCAUUGCUUGGCGAAACAAAGGCACCAAAGCGAGCAGUCUUGCCGGGCCCAGCUUCUAAAGCGAGUGAAGGACUUUUGUCGAGAACUGCAGAUUCCCAUCGAUGGAGAUCUUGUUGAGCAGCCCGCAAAUCUGGAAGAAGUAUUGCAGGACAUCGAGGCUAUGAUACUGAGCAAGCACUGUGAAAUCACAGAGAUCGUUGAGCAAAACGACAAGGCUGAUCGGGGUAGGCAGGUCAAGAUCGACGAGUUGCGCAUCGAUUUGACCAAGUCGGAACAAAGCGUGACAGCUCAAGAGAAGCAAAGGGAGUCUAGCAAACGAGAGAGUGACACUCUUGGGGUGGAAAUACAAAAAAUUGAAACAUCCAUGCAAGAACUGAAGAAAUUGGAUAAGGAAAUUGCCAAUGUGAGUGAGCUAUACGAGAGCGCUUCAAAAGAUUUCAAUCAGCAGGCAAUAAAAGAGGUUAUUGCCACUAAGAAUGCCAGCAUUGCCGAAAAGCAGAUUAAUUUUAAGAAGCUAGACGAACAGUUGGCUUUCUUGGGCUCGAUGGCCAAGCUGGUUGCCGAGAUCAAUCUUAAGCAGAAGGAGCUCGACAAGAAGAACCAAGAUCUCCAUCGCGUACGCAGUCGUCAUGCAGAAAAUUUUGUAAAAUUCUUCAAGGAACCUAUUACGAGCAAUUAUCGAAGAUCAGUGCAGGGUGUCUAUGAUAAACUUCGUCGCGAUAUACAGGAUCUGAACGAGAAGGCCAAUUCGCAGAAGCUGAAGGAACAGUCGCACGAGAUUAAGCGUAAGAACCUUAUUGGUGAGAUUUCGCGCAUGGAAAAGGAGCUCAAGGAGAGCGAGGAGUUGAUUUUUCAAAAGUGUAGGUCAACUCCUUACGAUGAUUUGCUAGAGCGAAGCAAAACUGCCAUUUCCAAGCUGCAGUUUGACCAUGGAGCCCUUAAAUCAUCAGAGGCCCUUUACAAGAAAUACAUACAGAAAAUUAAGGAAGAGCCAUGUUGCCCUUUGUGCCAUAACAAUAUAUCUAGUGAUGGGGCCCUUGAUUUGACCAACGAACUAACCGAUGAGAUCGAAAAGUUGCCCGAUAAUAUAUCUAGAGCAGAAAAAGCCCUUAAAGCAGAGCAAAUCAAGUAUGAGAAUUUACUGCAGAUCAAACCUAACAUUCUUAAGGUCAAGGAUCUGAAGGAAUCCUUGCCUGAGAAAAAGGAUGAGCUGAAAAAAGUUGAGCAGUUGCUAGGUGAGAGCGUCAGCGAGUAUGAAACAUUGAUUGCUUUGAUUGGCGAGCCCACACAGAAUUUGGAGUUGGCGAACUCCAUGAUGGGUGAUAUGAGCCUUUUAGAUGAGGCUUUAAAAGACUCGGUGCGGCUUACAAAAGAUCUGGAUCAGCAAAAGGCAAAGUUACCCAGUUCCUAUGACUCGAGUGUAUCAAUGGAUGAUCUGCAGGCAGAGAAGAAUCAGGUCUUGAAGGAAUUGGAUGCGGAACGCAAGGAGUUAGACUCCACGCAGACUUCUUUUCAACAACAAAUGGAUGCUAUUAAUCGUUUGCGCGAAAAGAAAAACAGCUUGAAAGAUAGACAAAUUCAUCUCCAGCAGGGCCUGCAAAGCUUGCCCCAGUUGAAGGAGCGUUUUGAAAAACUAAAAACUUUUUUAAGCACAGUGGCUACUGAAAUAACUGAACUGAAGGCCAAAAUUGAACCCCUAAAGCAAAAUCUCAGGAAAGCCAUAGAAGAAAAAGAACGGCUAAAAGCGAGCGACAGAGCUCAGGUAGAUCAGUUGAAUUCCAAAUACAGUUCUUAUAAAAGUACAGAUCAGGAUAUACAAAGAUUGAAUAAAGAAGCUCUAGACUAUGCCAAAAUGGACCUCCAAAAUGAAAUCAAGAAACUCGAUGAUAUUAUAAAGGCUACUAAAGAUCAGCUAAGAAAACUGGAAAUCCAAAUCUCUUUGAAAAGUGAUGAAUUGGAGACUAUUAAAACCGAGUGCCUUAAUGAGCAGACCGUGGAACGAGAUUUAAAAGAUAAUCGUGAGCUAAAACAGUUACAGGAAAAAGAAUCCAAGCUUAGAGAAAGCUGUCAGGCACUAGACAAGCAGCUUUGUAACUUGGACUUCUACAGCGUCACCAAGGAGAAAACAGAGCUGACAAAGAGAAGGGAUAAGGCCACAGUGCGUAAGGGUGAGCUGCUGGGUCAGCUAGGCGAAAUAAACAAUCAGGUGAACAAAUUGAAGCGAGAAAUCGAUGAGCCCAGAUUUAAGGAGUCCCUUAAAAACUUUCGGAAGGCCAACUAUGAGCAGAUGGUAACGCGUCUCAGCAUAGAGGAUUUGGGCCAACAUCGUUUGGCUUUAGAAUGGGCUCUGAUACAGUUCCAUGCUGAAAAGAUGGAAAAGAUUAAUCGACUAAUACGAGAGUACUGGCGCAUGAUAUAUCGUGGCAAUGAUAUUGACUAUAUCCAGGUGAAGACGGACGAGAUCAGCACGGAUGCUUCAGCGGAUCGCCGCAAGACUUACAACUACAGAGUAGUCCAGUCGAAGAACAACACCGAGAUCGAGAUGCGGGGACGCUGCAGUGCUGGUCAGCGUGUCCUGGCCUCCCUCAUUAUUCGCUUGGCACUGGCCGAGACGUUCAGCAGUAAUUGCGGUGUCUUGGCCCUAGACGAACCAACUACGAAUUUGGAUCGUGUUAAUAUAACAUCCCUGUGUGAUGCACUAAACUGCAUUGUUGAGGAGCGCCAGAGUCAGUCAAAUUUCAUGCUUAUCAUCAUAACACACGACGAAAACUUCAUCUCGUCGCUGGGCAAGAUAACCAGCUAUCAUCGGGUCUUUCGCAACGAUGAUUGCAAAUCGGUUAUACGAAAAGUUCAGGUUGACUAAGUGGUCGGUCUAUCAAAGAAAGUUUUAAUACAUCAAUAAAAAGUGUCACUUUUGUUAUCGA